AUGCCGCCCUACUUCACGGGCCCCGCCGCCCUGUUCAGCGGCCCCGCCGCCCCACUUCGCGGCCCCGCCGCCCCACUUCGCGGCCCCGCCGCCCUGCUUCAGCGGCCUCGCCGCCCGUCUGCUGCGGCCCCGCCGCCCCAGUUCGCGGCCCCGCCGCCCUUCUUCAGCGGCCCCGCCGCCCGUGUGCUGCGGCCCCGCCGCCCCACUUCGCGGCCCCGCCGCCCCACUUCGCGGCCCCGCCGCCCUACUUCAACGGGCCCCGCCGCCCUACUUCAGCGGCCCCGCCGCCCUACGUCUGCGGCCCCGCCGCCCGUCUGCUGCGGCCCCGCCGCCCUACACCUGCGGCCCCGCCGCCCUACUUCAAGGGCCCCGCCGCCCUACUUCAAGGGCCCCGCCGCCCUACUUCAAGGGCCCCGCCGCCCUACUUCAUCGGCCCCGCCGCCCUACGUCAACAGGCCCCGCCGCCCGUCUGCUGCGGCCCCGCCGCUCUCCCCUCCUGCAGCAGCGCGCCCGAGCCGCCGACCGCCGCGCCGCCCUGUACCAGAGGAGCCGAGCCGCCCUGCCGCCGAGCCGCCCGGCCGCCCACCAGCCGAGCCGCCGUGCAGCCGAGCCGCCCAGCCGCCGAGCCGCCCAGCAGCCGAGCCGCCCCGCAGCCGAGCCGCCGAGCCGCCCAGCAGCCGAGCCGCCCAGCCGCCGAGCCGCCCUACAGUUGAGCCGCCCGAGCAGCCCUGUCCGGGUCGAGCCAUUGACUUUGAGGUCUGGGUCGACGACCUGCAGCUGUUCUUACAGUGCGAUAGGGCGAACGGUCUUUCUCUCUUUGACCUCACCUCUGGCGCCUCUCGUGCCCCUGCUGCUGAUGCUGACCCCACUGUUCGCUCUCAGUGGGCCACCCGCGAUGCUGCUGCACGUCUUGCUGUGCGUCGCCACCUGCCUACCACUGAGCGCGCGCACUUUAGUCAGUACAAGAGUGCUCAGACCUUGUACGACGCUGUAGUUGCGCGCUACUCUUCCCCUGCCACUGCUGCACUGAGCCGCCUCAUGCUACCGUGA